GGCAGCUCGGGUAGAGAGGAAAGGUGGAGCGGCGCAGCCCGCGGCGGUCCUGGCCGGCCCCGCACUCCGGCCCGGCCUGCGCGGUCCGGCUGGAGGUCCGGAACCAUGAGCUCCUACCUGGAGUACGUGUCGUGCGGCAGCGGCGGGGGCGGCGGCGACGUGCUCAGCUUCGCGCCCAAGUUCUGUCGCGCCGACGCCCGGCCGGUGGCCCUGCAGCCCGCCUUCCCCUUGGGCAGCGGAGACGGCGCCUUCGUCAGCUGCCUGCCCCUGGCCUCAGCCCGAUCUGCGCCUCUGCCCCCAGCCGCGCCCGCGCAGCCUCCCGCGCCCCCCGCGGCCGCGCCCUCCUUCGCGCCGUGCACCCUGGAGGGCGCCUACGAGCCGGGCGCCGCACCUGCCGCGGCAGGGGGGGCGGACUACGGCUUCCUGGGGCCGGGGUCGGCCUACGACUUCCCUUGCGCGCUCGGGCGGCCGGCCGACGACGGCGGGGCGCACGUCCACUACGCGACCUCAGCAGUCUUCUCGGGCGGCGGCUCCUUUCUCCUCAGCGGCCAGGUGGAUUACGCGGCCUUUGGCGAGCCCGGCCCCUUGCCGGCGUGUCUGAAAGAGCCAGCCGACGGCCGCCCUGGGACCUUCCAGACUGCGUCCCCGGCCCCCGGUGCCUACCCCAAGUCGGCCUCGCCAGCCUCCGGCCUCCCCGCCGCCUUCAGCACCUUCGAGUGGAUGAAAGUGAAGAGGAACGCCCCUAGGAAAAGCAAACCCGCCGAGUAUGGAGCCGCUAGCCCCCCCAGCGCGAUCCGCACGAAUUUCAGCACCAAGCAACUGACAGAACUGGAGAAGGAGUUUCAUUUCAAUAAGUACUUAACUCGAGCCCGACGCAUCGAGAUAGCCAACUCCUUGCAGCUGAAUGACACCCAAGUCAAAAUCUGGUUCCAGAACCGCAGGAUGAAACAGAAGAAAAGAGAACGAGAAGGGCUUCUGCCCUCGGCCACCCCUGUGGCUUCCCUCCAACUCCCCCUCUCAGGAACUAGCACUACCAAGGCUGGCAAGAAGCCAGGGAGCCCUUCUCAGGCCCAAGAGCCCUCCUGAGGUUUAGUCUUGAGGCUGAGAAACCUUGGCCUGCGCAAGUCAGAGGCCGCCUCACCCCUAUCUAGGCUUGCUUACUAAGCUCAGUUUGGGAUGGAGGUGAGCAUGGGCAGACAUUAACAGAGGUUUCACUAGGGAAAGGAAGUAUCUUAGUGGCUUCUGAGUUCCAGGCUGUAGGUGUACAGAUAUCGGUUUCAGGUCGCUUAAGCCACUCGUUUGUGUGUUAUUUGUGUCUUAUCAGGGAAGAUGUGCCCAACUGCCAGCCCAGCCCUGCUGCUAUGUUGUCUAACUUAGUCAUAUGCAAUUCUUUGGUGCAGAGUGGCAAAGCGUUAUAUGCUGAUCUCUACCACCCCCCGCCCCCCCAUGGGCUCAGAAGAACAUCGACCCAAAGUUUUUCUGAUUUUAAU